AUGCUCGAUCCCAAACCCCAUUACUCUAGCCCUAACGCGAAGUCUUUCGCAUCCGUUUCGCUUUCCCAAACACCAGAAAUCUCCCAAGUCUCCCUUUCGAUUCGAUCCCCAAUGGCGCCCAAGGCUGACAAGAAACCCGCCGAGAAGAAGCCGGCGGAGGAUAAGGAGAAGAAGGCGGUGGCGGAAAAGGCCCCCGCCGAGAAGAAGCCCAAGGCGGAGAAGCGCCUCCCGACCAAGGAGGGCGGCGCCGGCGACAAGAAGAAGAAGAAGAAGACGAAGAAGGGGACCGAGACCUACAAGAUCUACAUCUUCAAGGUGUUGAAGCAGGUCCACCCGGACAUUGGGAUCUCGAGCAAGGCCAUGAGCAUCAUGAACUCCUUUAUCAACGACAUCUUCGAGAAGCUCGCCCAGGAGUCUUCCAAGCUUGCCCGCUACAACAAGAAGCCCACCAUCACCUCCCGGGAGAUCCAGACCUCCGUUCGCCUCGUCCUCCCCGGCGAGCUCGCCAAGCACGCCGUCUCUGAGGGCACCAAGGCCGUCACCAAGUUCACCAGCUCUUAGAUCUAGGGUUUCUUAUCUAAUGUCCUUUUUCUUUUUUUUUUUUGAUGUUUUGAUGGAAACGCUAUGUUGCAAAGCAUUAAAAGCAAUGAAGAAACCGUUUGGAUUAUUAGUUUAUA